AUGAAGACAUCUUUCAGUGACGCAUAUCCGAGUCUACAUGAGGAAUUGUGUCUGAAAAGUGGUGUUGAGUACCGCUUACUCUAUGAGAAUGAGUUGAACGUUUUCACUAGCGACGCAGUUGGUCAGAAAUGUCACCAGUUUCCCCCUAUUUUAUUCCCGCUUCUUAAUGAUAUACCAUGGACCCCGAAAAUCUGGUGGCGAACUGUUCAGGACCACAAAGAAUUACGCACGAAUGGUAUGCAGUCAUUCCGGUCGUUCCGCAUAUCGAUGCACUCGCAAGUUGGGGAAGCCCUGUGGGAUUGCGAUAAAAUACUUGAAGUCGUUGAUAAAUCGAAAAGUAUUCUUUGCAUGCAUUUAGAAAAGAUCAAGAGCGAGCUUGAAGGUGCACGUGAGCAGACACAGAUGCCUAUACGCUUCACAAUCUAUGCUAAAAAACAGUCGUUCGCUCUACUUCCUUUCAUGAAUGAAACGACGGAUAAGGUCAUGAUGAAGAGCGUAUGUGAAAUGGCUGACCGUGCAACAAAGGAACUGGAAAAUUGCAUAGCUUUCUUGAACCAGUCCUUGAACUCUGCAUCAGUAUGCUUGUCUGAGCUGGAAGCAAUUUCUUUGGAAGCCAUCGAGAUUCCGGGAGUAGAAGAGGAGCUGAAUGAUAUUUUGAACGAAGAUCCAUCCUCCGAAGUCUUCUCGUACGAAAAAAGUUUGGCCAGUCAGUGCAUUGCGCGGAGAGCCGACUUAGCAGCUCAGCUUUGUAAUAACACCAAAAGUUCGGUAGUGCGUGUGCUACUGAGAACAGCACGGUUUGUGGUGGACAUCUCUGUAGAAAUGGCAAAAUAUCGCAAUUAUAUCGAUGAUUACAUUGCACUGAUAGAAAGGCCAUUUCAGGAAAUGAAGCGCUGUGUAGAGAGAAUGCAGGCUGAACACAAUUUAGAUGACCGUAGUUUCCAGAAGGCUCUACGAUAUUAUGAGCGACCAGCUAACAUUGUUGCUCAAGCACGCUUGAUUCGAGAGAAAGUUUCGCAAGUUUUCGAUAUGCUACAACAAGUGGAUGGAUCCAAGUAAGU